UCACUUUCCCGAUCAGGGCUGCAUGCCGCCUCCGUUUAAAUACCACAGCUUCCCCCUGCGUGCGUGUCGUUCGUAUGUGUAGAUUCAGGAGGAGGAGCGAUCGAUCUGCCAUGGCGACUGGUGGCGGCGGCGAAGGGCUGGCGGGGAAGAAGAGGAAGUCCGCCGAGGCCGAAGACAUGCCGCCGGCGAGAAGGGAGCCGAGGCGGGGGCUGGGCGUGGCGGCGCUGGAGAGUAUCAGGGCACAGCUCGAGACGGUGGAGAAUUUCUACGUGUUCCCGUCCUUCUCGCCGCCGGCGCCACAGCCACCGCCAUCAUCGCUAUCUGCAUCCGUGAUGGUCCCCAGCGUGCGAUUCAAUCCAUACGUCGGAAAUGGAGCCGCGCAAAGAGAUUACUGCUAUACUCAGUAUUAUGGCCCCCAGCAUUACGGUCUGCCCAGCAGGUACCUGCAGCAGCUGCAGGCAUCCAACGGCCACGCCCUGCCACGCCAUCUGCAGAAUCAUCAGGCGGGGCAGAAGAAUGACAUCGCCAUGGCGGCCCCUCUGCUGGACAAGAAGGAUCACCGUCGUCCGCCGCAGGCGCACGGCCAGGCCAAGAGACCUCCGGUUGCGUUUGUGGACCUCGUAGACUCCGACGACGAUGAACACAGCGCCGAAGAAGAACUGGACCUCGAGCUCAGGCUCUAGUCGCUACAAUUUAGAACACGAUCUUUUUCAUUUCCUGGUUAUUUUGCCUUCACGUCCCGAUUGAACCGGUGGAUUCUUUUUCUUUUUUGCAUAGAAGCUGCAACUGUGGA